AGCUGUUUCAGUUCCUGUGUAAUUCCUACGGCUUGUUGGGCGGGGAGUUUCGCGACGCUUUGAAGUCUGCCUGGGCCACCGCCCCGGAAGAGAAUCGCACUCCUGCGCAGGUCUUCAGAGAGCUAACGGAAUUGGUGGAAAAAGAGUUGAGCCUUGCGGGUGCGCAUAAUAUCAUGUCUGAGGAGCAUUUCGCGUGUUCGCGUCGCGCAACAUUGGAGCGUCUCGCAAGAGCGAAAGACGCCCAAGCGCUUGCAGCCAGCCAUUUAGAGGACCUCGAAGCUAUGGCGUCGGGGGUUGAGGCUGGCGGCCCCGUCCGCUUUUUCGGUCUCGUCGGCGGCUUCGGUUUCUUCGAUGGGCUGAAAACGGAGACCCGGGUGGGCUGGUCCCAAAAAGCCCUCGACGAUUUUGCGGACCAGUACGCUUCUGAGGAGUAUCAGAACGAUUACAACCGUGUCAGGCACGGAAUCAAUAGGAAAGGUGGACAACCUCUCUACAGAGCCAAUAGGAAAGGUGGACAAUCUCAAUCUAUAGUGGGCGAGGCCUCGCUACCAGAAGGCAAAUCUAAGUUCGAACAGCUUGUGCUUAAGCAGCUGAGGAGCGAUAUGGCCAUGACGGUGAAAGAUAUCAAGACAGCGGAGAAAUGGUUGAACAAAGGGCGCUAGUAGAUGUAGACUUCUUCGACUCAAACUCAUGGCCCACCAGAGUGGGGGGUUGCCCUUGCCGCACUUUUACGUAUGGACAUGGAGGCGUAGGCCCGAGAAAUAAAGCCGUGCCUUUUACUUGUAAGUACUACGAUCAUCUUCUUUCGAAGAAUUUUUUGCGCACAACAUCCAAAAGAGCACUGCGACAUCAAAGCAGAGCUUUGCAAGUUUAUCUACGGUCAAGCCGUAGCAAGGAGCUCCUACGGUUUUCUUGUAAAGAAGAAAAAAGUGAAGAUGCUUGCGAGGAGCCGGCGGUGAAGUGGUGCGGAAUGAAGGAGGGUUUUUUUGAUCUUGAUCGAGAACUACUAGCGUUUUCGUCUUGGGCGAUGCAGCGAAAAAACGCGACGAUGAAAAAGGAGAACGACGUUCAAAAAAGGUCUGCCCGGCUCUCCGCAAUUUGUUUCCGGUCACGAAAAAACUGCACCACGCACUACCGAACCACGAACGCAGCGCCGUUUUUGCGUUUUUUAUUCCUUUCGGGGUAAGCAGCAGCUACUAAAAGAACUCCGGUAGCAGGAUAAUUUAGUGCAGCCUGAAGUUCAGGCAGCAGGUACAGGAUGAUAACUCAGAUAGCAGCAGUUACUAGAAAAAUUCAGCACGACCUGGAGUUCAGGUAACUGGAUAGGCAGCAGCAGCUC